CGAGGCGGGGGUGAGGUCCCUGUGGUCCACACCGUGAGGAUCCCCGUGGUCCACACCGUGAGGUUCCCGUGGUCCACACCAUGAGGUUCCCGUGGUCCACGCUGUGAAGAGCCCCUUGGUUCACACUGUAAGGGUCCCCGUGGUGCGCACUUGAGAAGUCCCCUAAACCUUAUCGCCGCUGUCCCUCGUGGGGCCCACGUGACACGUCACGUGGGCCUGUGUGGCGUCUUAGGGGUAACGAGCUCGUGUCUACGUUAAGCGCAAUUAGUGUAAUUUCAGAUAAUUGCGUUAAAACGACUUAAUGAUAAACCACAUUCUACAAUUAGUAUGAAACCCCAUUAAACAGUAAACGGCAUUGAUUAACAUGCAGUGUUUGAACUUCACGGAGCCCGCGUUUCACAACGAACCUCCCUAGCGAUCCGUGGAGUGCAGGUUACGAUGUAUUGGCUGAGGAAGGGGGUCGAUUGGGUUCAGAUGUCGAUUGUUCGUUGUAAUGGGAACACGUGCCUUAACACGUAGGCUUUCGCGACCAAUAUCCAUAAUACAGGGUUUCUUUGUUUAUAUUUACUCGAUCUAACCCCGUAUUAUGAACACGCGGCCCCUGCAGCCACAAGAGGCGCUACAUUGCAUGCAGCCUUCUGUACGAUGGAUUUAUUUUUUAUUGUAAUGUCGCUUGUUUAGGCGGGAAAACUCUUCCUCAGGAGGAUCCUGCUAAGUUGUCGCAGUAGGGGCCGAUAUUGAUCCUAUGUGUUAUCCCAAUUGAGUAAUUUCUAGGUAUUUUUGCCAACAUUGGGCUGUUUGGCCAAUACCAGGUACAUUAUAUAUGUGUUUCGCUGUGUGGGAAACCGUAGGAAACCUACGCAGAACAGGGGUAGAGAACAUACAAACUCCACCUGAAGUGCAAUAUUCCUUUAACUCCUAUUAAGAGAGUAAUUUAAGGAAGGAUGUGCUGUGGACCGCUGACCAGAAAACUUGUCGUGUGGUGUUGGUGUUAGGAUCGAUGCUACUAAGACUCCCCUCACACGCUGUUUGCAGAAUGCAGAGCUCCAUAUUCCGUGCGUUUGAGGGGAAGGAGCUGAGCCGCUUACGGAGAUGUUUUCCAUUCUUGAGAAAAUCCCAACUGCGAGCUCGACUCCGCUUGGCUUGGCGUGCCCACAAGGCGACGCUCGAGGCCCUCUCGACAGGUUCACGCAAACUUAACGGGUCAGCCAUCAAGAACACCUCACCGGUGGUGGCACAGGCUUUCCUGAAGCUGGACGAGAGAGCGUGUGGUAAAGAGUCACUGGCCACCUCGACUUGUACAAACACGGCCAUGAAUACACCCUUCAGUUUCGAGGAAGAUGAAAAUAAUGUCCCAGUGAUAGAUCUUGCAACAAGAGUUAAAAGAGCCAUGAGGAAUCAUGACGAAGUUUCCUCUGAAAAUGAAAAAAUAGGGACUGCAAACUUUGAAAAUGGUAAAUUCACGAGAAAGUUCCACAACAGCAGAAUGAAAAUGGAUGCAGGUUUGCAUACUAUGGACAUGAAUGCCGAUGUGAGUAAUCUGAUGAAAAGCCAACCGGGGGAAAUGCAAAAGAGCAAACCAGUGUGUAUCGUUAAUGAAGGGGCUGGGCAGAUGUAUUCUGAGCGUCACCUCAAAAAACAAUCAAUUCUUAUCACUCGUUCACCAAAAGUGACUCGUAAACAUAUAGAAAUUAAAACACAAUAUUACAAUCAGCUUUUUCAGGAAGAUUCAAAAAUAUGUGAUGAAACGAGCAAUGAUGAUGAAAGUAACUCUAUGCCUUUUCAUAAUGAGAUCCAAACAGGUAAGGAUAAAAAACAAAACAUCAGUGAGCAAGAUGAGGUGUGUGAGGCAACACAAGGUGACAGCCGACUGGGUCAGGUGGCCAGGCACUGCGGAGAUGUAACAGAAGAUGAGGAUUUUAAAAGAGAAACAUCACAAGGCAGAAAGAACCAAUGGUACCAGAAAGAUACUAUCCUGCAAGCCACAGAGAUGAUUCCUGGUGGGUUCUUCGAAAAGCAGAUGCGGUGUACUGAGCGGGACCACACACAGGCGCCUUGGGAUACAUGUGAGACUCUGAUAGGUCCGAACCAGGACAGGUGCAAUUAUUUUCUUCAUGGACAGUGUACAGAAACAUGCAGUGCAGAUGAUUCAAACAUGGACAUAGACUCCCAGAGCUCUAAUUUCUCCACGACAGACUCAGACUCGCAUAUGGAAGAUGUUUGGGAAGCAGACAAAGAGAACCAAGGCUUGGAAGAGAUUAAAGAAAUCAAAGGCCACAUGGAUGACUGGGUGCCUUGGGAAAAUGAGACACACGAAGUGGAACAUGAUGUGGUAACAAACAGUGGCAAAAGCUGGAUGAAGGAAAGAACGAGUGGAGGAUUUUGAUCGAUCUCUUUAGUGACUACAAAUCCGUGCAUACGGCGACCGCGACAUCGGCAUAUGAAUCAGAGGAAGAGCAGACAGAGGAGAAUCCUGGAGCCUUGGACUUCUUGUGGGACGUGGCAGAGACAACAUGACGAGACACUUUGUUUCCUCCGUGCUAAAACUCAAAUCAGCGUUUAUGUUCAUUGCUCUCGUUUAAAUAUUGACACGUUUUUGAAAGUUUAGUUUUUUCUUAACAUUGCAGUUGGCAGUGUUGUGAUAAUACGGAAUAACCGUCAUUGUUAAAUUGUCACUGCUGAAAUAUUUAAGCCAGUGGUGUAGCGAAUUCAUUUGGAAUUCAUAGAAAACCACAUUUUAUCCUACAACGACAAUACGUAAAACGAGUGUGCUGUACCUGACAGUAUACUCCACUGGUCUGCUUUGAUUCUACUGGUCUGCAAUGAACACAACACAUCACAUUAAUUGUGUACUCUUACAUCUGUAAUACAGUUUAUCAAAAAAUAGUUUGACCUCAUGAGAGGUACACGAGAUGGUUAAUAUUUCUUUUCACUUAAACUUAUACCUUUACAUUUCCAAUACAAUAAAAAAAACGUAUAUUUGCUCUAAAUACAUGUGGUAAAUUUUCAUCUCCUUGUCUGACUCCCUUUCAAGGAUGUGUUGUUGUCUUGAAACAACCUUAGUGCAGCUAUUCUAUAUUUGUAAAUUGGUUUAAAUGUAAACAUGUUUAUUUACACCUU